UGAGAUUCGAGCGAUAUUUACAAAUACUUUUAAUACUCCAAGUAACCCUCGCACGAGAACCAGAGAAAUGCAGCAUCGUAUACGAUGACAGCAAAAAUUGCUUAUUGAAGGAGUUACUAAUGAUGAUUGAUCAUAGUGCCAACCAGUUAGCGGUGGAUAAGAACAAAAAUGCCCUGUACUUCAGCCUCGAUAACGGCCGCGGGAAAUUCAGCCCUGCGGUCCUUGACAUAGAUACUAAAAGGCUUACACUACUUGAAGGCGUAAAAGACGCCCUUGCUGUGGCAGUUGACGACGAAACGGGUGACGUCUACUUUGGAGGAAGCAAAGGAAUUUACAAGUUCACGGGGAUACAUAAGAAAGUGCAAAGACUGCAUUUGAACCAAAUUGUUCGGUGGUUAAUUUUAAGAGGAUACAUCUAUUACAUCCAACUAUCAGACUCUAGAGCGUACGUCUACAAAUUGUUUAACAUCAAACGCUUUCGUCAAGUCCAUAAUGUCACUAUGAAUCAGUUCGUUUUUGACGCGGAGCGAAAUGUCUUUUUUAUCAAUGGGACGGGACUUUACAGAGUUUCUAGAUACCAUGACACAGUUAGACUGGUGAGAAAAUCUCCACAUUUCUUCGGGAUGACCACAAAUAAUGACGGGCAAGUAUUUAUAAGUACUGAUGCGAGUAUUUACUAUAUUAAAGGUGGUCUAAGGCUGGUUAAGUAUGCUGAUAUACCAGGUGUUGUGGCGAUGACGUUUGAUAGAUACAACAACAUGAUUUAUUCGGACUCUCGGCAGUUGGUUCGGCUCUUGCCAAUGUCUAAUAAGAAUGGUGUGAAAACUUCAAAUGUUAAUAAUAUUCUUUUGGUGAAGUAGAAAGUGACUAGAUAUUAAGAAUGUGU